UUUUUCCUCGCUCAGUCUGAUCAUUUAAGGUGGUACUUCUCACUUGAACACUCCCACGAGGGUGACAGAAAAUGACACACAGAGGGGGAAACAAAAAAAACAGAAAGAAGUGACAUUCACUGCUGAGAAGAGCGCUGUUCUACUGUUGGGCAAAAACAUGAGGAAACUUUUCAUUCUCCUUCUUCUGUUUGCUCUAUUUAAACACGGGACACUUCAGAAAAAUGGGAGAAAGAAGAUAACAGCAGAGAAAAACAGCACAAAGAAAGUGAUCCCUGUGCCCAGAGUCUUUAAAGGAUUCUUUCCGACAGAGUCUGAAUUUCAAGGCACCCAAGCUCCCAAUUUAACUCUCUCUCCAACUCUGCAGUCCAUAAGUGACAAAGCUGUAGGGUACCUCAAAGGGCCCCUGAGCACCAAAGUCAUCCCCCUCAUUUACAUGAUGUUGGUAAUCUUCGGCAUCCCAGGCAACAUCACCGUCCUGUGUUUACUUAUUACCAAAAUUAGAAAGGUGUCGUCCGCAAUCCUCUACUGCAGCCUGGCCGUCUCCGACCUAUUCCUUCUCGUCUCCCUCAUCUUCAAGGCUCAUUACCAUCUCCAUGGAAACCACUGGGUGCUCGGAGAAGCUGCCUGUCGAGUGGUUACUGCCUGUUUCUAUGGUAACCUCUACUGCUCGGCCCUGACAUUGGCUUGCAUUGCCGUCAAGCGCUACAUGGCCGUGGUACACCCGUUCAUGUACAAAAGACUGCCCAAGGUGAGAUGCACGGCCUGGGUCGUCCUGGCCAUUUGGGGGGUGUUUGGUGCCUCCAUUGUCCCCGAGCUCUUGGUUCGGCAGAGCUUUUGGGUGCCCCAGCUGAACCGCACCACCUGCCAUGAUGUGAUGCCACUGGAUUCUAACUCUCAUGCAUUCCUGCUCUUCAGCAACCUGAUUCUGACAGUUUUGUGUCUUCUUGUGCCGAUGGUGGUUACUGUCGUGUGCUUCAUCCAAAUCCUCAGAGCUCUCAACCAGUCACAUCAUGACUGGGCAAUGUACAUCAGGUCCUGUUCUCUCGUGUUUACCGUCUUUAUGGUGUCUUUUCUACCUGCAGGGGUCCUGCACUUCCUCCAUUAUGUGCAGCUGUUUGUGAACGGGACAGAGAGUCUGUAUGUAUACUUUAACAUGGCAGUGUGUCUCUGCUGCCUCCAUGCCUGUCUGGACCCCUUUUUCUUUGUCCUCAUGUCCAAGACUGCAAGCUCCAAACUGUACCUCCUGACUUUUAAAGGCAAGAAACUCAGCAUAUCAAUCUGAAAGAGACAUUUUUAAAGAAACUGAAGAAUGAGAUGUUAUCUGUGGCUGGUACCCAAAAAGAAAGUAAUCCAGUUUGAAGCAGCAUGUGUCACAGUGACUGUUUGAAAAGUAACACUAUUAUUGAAUCUAUAUUAUGUGUCAUAGAUAUAUAUGUGGAUGUUGUAUAUUAACAUGCAAAAGUAUUCACACCCCUUGGACCUUUUCCACAUUUGCAGAACCAGCAUUCUGUUUGAACUUAACAUCGCAAGGUAUAUGAUUGUUUUAAAAACUUAAAAUUUUAGAAACAUAAAACAGUUUAAAGCAUUAUUUAUGAGGAUAGUCAUCACAGCAAAUAAACAUAAGAAAUAAUUAUUCACCUAUUACACCAGUUAUUGUUAUUAUUGAUGUUAUAAGUAAUUCAUAUAAUUAGUUAUUAUUGUUAAUAGUAUUGUUAUCUGUACAUUGACACAGGAAAUUAUGAGUGAAAUUAAUGAUGCUUGGUUAUACUGGUAUGCAAAUAUGAUUUAUAUGAUAUACUGAAUGAAUUUUAUUUAAUAUAAAAGUAGAAUGUUGUAGUUCAGCCUAUAUAAAUAGUAAUAGGAAGGGAUUGGAAUGAUGUUGCUGGAAAAGAGGUUAAAAAUAAGUUUAUACUGCUACCUUCUCCUUUGAACAUGUAAAUAUUAUUUGUACUUUACUGUUGUUCUUCUUUUGUAUUGUUUUGUUUGUUUGUUUUUAUUUUUAUUUUUAUUUUGUAAUUUUGUUUUUCCUUUUGUUAUACAGUCAUUAAAUUCAAAAUUCAAUUCAAGGGAUAGAGAUUUCAAAUUAGCUUGGGCUCUAAAUGGUAAUAUAAAGUGUAAGGGAUUUGUUAAUACGCUAUACUUGAUGCAUUCAAUUUUAAAGCAAUAAUAUACUGUUCUUACAGUUUAAAGUCCUUUUAAUAAAAAGCCAGUGAAGGUUCUGAA